AUGACAUGUUCUAUGGUAUCUGUUUGCCAACAGUGCAGAAGUCCUCUUCAUUUUCAUCAUUUAAAAGAUAUAAACACAGCUACAUAUAAUUUACUUCUAACAUCUUUGGAGGGCUCCAGAGAUGAUAGUGAAGAGUUAGAAUCAAUUCCAUUACUUUUCCCGAAAUCUAGAAAAAUUUAUUAUCAAGCAGUUAUUCAGUCAAUGGAGACAUUAACGAAAAAUACAGAGAAAAAUUGUUCAUUUUUACAUUCACUAUCUCAUAAAAAAAGCAAUAGUAAUACUUCAAAAGUCGAGUCUGAAAUUUUCUUUGAUACAGUAGGCUCACAUUCACCAACAAUUACUUCUUCAAAUGAUCAGUCAGAAAGUCAAGAAACGUUAUCAGAUAAACAGCAAAUGCUCGAACAUCUUUUUAAUACUAUAUCAUCUAUUUCGGAUGUUAACCAUCCUAUGUGUAUAGAAUGUGCAGAAACAUUAAUUGACACUAUGUCCAGGCACCUUCAUUAUUCAAAAAAAGAAAGAGAUGCAUAUAUUGAACUUUUAAAACAUAUUGACGAUGAAAUUCUUGAUGAUAGUGAAAUAGAGAAAAUAGAACUAGAAAUACAAAAUAAUUUAAAAAAAGAGGCCACUGCAGUUAAAACUAUUGAUCAACUUAAAAAAGAGCGGAAAAAUAUUGAAGAAGAGAUAAAAAGACUUGAAAAAGAAUCAUUAGCUUUAAAUAAUGAAGAAGAGAUGUUCUGGAAAGAAAGAAAUAAGUUUCUACGUAAACUUGAAGAAUUUCAAAAUGAAAGAGAUGCAAUUAAUUUGCAGUAUGAUUAUAAUGUAAAGCUAUUUGAAGAAUUGAGAAAAACGAAUGUUUAUAAUGAUGUAUUUUGUAUUAGUCAUAAUGGACAAUUUGGUACAAUUAAUGAUUUAAGAUUUGGUCGCCUACCUUCUUAUACAGUAGAAUGGGAUGAAAUUAAUGCAGCAUGGGGAUUAGUCUUACAGUUACUUCACUCAAUUGCAAUUAAACUAAAUUUCGAAUUUACCGGAUAUAAAUUACAUCCUUUAGGAUCUACUUCGAAAAUUGAAAGACUUGAAUUUCAAGCGAAUUCUUUACCAAAAAUCACCGAAUUUGAAUUACAUAGUUCAGACGAUUUACCUAUCACAAAGUUUUUCACUCACCGAAAAUUUGAUACUGCUAUGAUCUGUUUUCUGAAAUGCUUAAAACAAUUAGGGGACUAUCUUGAAGCUCUUGAUCCACAAUUUAUUCUUCCAUAUAGAAUCCAUAAAGAUAAGAUUGGUGACUCUAGUAUCUGCAUAUCUUUUAACCAAGAUGAAAAAUGGACACGUGCACUUAAAUAUCUUCUUACUAACACCAAAUAUUUGCUUGCUUACAUUACUCAAGGCCCUCCUAAAAUCCAUUCAUAG